CUUGGAAUAAAGCUGUUAGAGAAAAGGCAAGAAGGCUUUCCUCAUUUGCACCUUUUGCUGGCAAAGGUAUGCAGACUUCCAAGUUUCACAGAGCUGGUCUUCGGGCUGAAAUGGCAAGGCUGUGUACAUAAUUUUCUCAAAAACCAGACCUGGGAACAGAAGCUUCUGAGAAAAUAGAAAAGGGCUGUGGGUCUAAUGAGAACGUUUUAAGAGCUGCAUGGUUGUCCUAAGGAGGCCUGCACUGUGAAACUGAGAAAAUCACCUUGAGGCUGGGGCAAGGGCUGUUUUCUUUUUCGGCUUGCUGUAGAUGAACAUCUGCAAUAAACCGCCUAAUAAGACAGCUCCAGAGAAGACGAGUGAUGAAGCAGCUCCUGCGGUCCAAUCCCAGCAUGCCCGGAGAAACGGCUGGAGCUGGCCUCCUCAUCCAUUCCAGUUUAUUGCCUGGCUGCUCUACCUCUUCUUUGCCCUGGUUAGCUUUGGCAUCCUUGUGCCGCUCCUGCCUGUUCAUUGGGUUCCUGCUGGGUAUAUUUGUCCAGGAGUAUUUUUUCUCUGCCAUGUAAUAGUUCACCUUACAGCAGUUUCCAUCGAUCCAGCUGAUGACAGCGUGCGUGAAAAGAAUUACCAGGGGCCCCUUGCCACCUUCAAUCGUAGCCAGCAUGCGCAUGUCAUUGAGAACCGCCACUGUCACAUCUGUGAUGUGAAUGUGAGCUCCAAAUCAAAGCAUUGCGGGACCUGCAACAAGUGUGUGUGCGGAUUCGAUCACCACUGCAUGUGGCUCAACAACUGCGUGGGAGAGAGGAACUACUGGCUAUUUCUGAACAGUGUGAUAUCGGCCAUCCUGGGCCUUCUCCUCAUCCUGAUUAUCGCUUUCUACAUCUUUGUGGAGUUUUUCCUUAACCCCAUGAGGUUGCGCACUGACCAGCACUUUGAAGGUUUAAAGAACCAGACGGACGUGUGGUUUGUGUUCCUUCCUGCUGCUCCCAUCGAGACCCAAGGUCCUGCCAUUUUGGCACUGUCUGGGAUUCUGAUCGUGCUGGGGCUGCUGACCCUGUUCUUAUUGGGCCACCUUCUGAUCUUCCACAUUUACCUCAUUUGGCACCGAAUGACUACCUAUGAAUACAUUGUGCAGCAGCGCCCACCACAGGAGAUGAAGGAGCCUGAAAAGCAGCUGGAAUCCUGCCCUCCCCAAGUGAGGCGUAUUCAGGAAAUGCAGUUUUAUGCAGGAAGUCUUGGAUAUACCAACCCUGAGAUUCAGAGGGAAGAUUCGGGAUUAACCUCAGGGAAAGACCUAUCAAAGUUUUGCACGCGCAACGACGGCUCAGACUCCAAGCUCAUCCUAUCCCCCGAACUUUCAGAGGUGCCGGUUGGAAUCCCACCACAGAAGAAGAAGAAGAAGAAGCGGAAGAAGCACAAGGGUUCCUCUUCUCUGGCAGAGGAAAGGUCCAAGGAGAUGGUUGCCCCCUGGUCUUCUCUUCCAGUUUUGCAGCAAGAACUGUCAGUCACAGCUGCUGCCUCCUCCUCCUCCUCCUCCUCCAGCCUUCGCCUCCCCAUUCCGGCUUUCCCUCCCCAAAUAGUCACACCCACCGGUGGCAGCGGUCCAGUCCAGGCUGCAGGCCCUCCAGCUGAUUACCAUUCCGAGUCGGCCGAGUCCAUGGAUGAGAUCCCUGUGGCCCAGACACGCUUGGGAAGCAGUGCCCUGAACGGCGCUUCUAAGAACCACCCGAGCAGUGCCAGGCAACUCCCGUUCCCCUCAGCUCCCUCCCAAGAGGGAGGAGAGAAGCUUCAGAACACGGGGCGCAAAGCCAAAAGGAAGAACGGUCAGCUGGCUGCGCAGCCACCGGAGGAAGAGCUGGAACUGUCUCUUAAGGUCCCGGCGGUGUUUGUGAGCACAAGCAGUGGGGAGCCACCCAUCCCCAACGCCUCCCAGCCCAGCAAACCCUCUGAACCCCCUCACAGAAAAUGCUCCAGCAAACAGCACGUGGAUGAUCAGGACUUCCACAUCUGGGACACAAGCACCAGCACAACUGCCGCGUAGGCACCCCGUAUCAUCCAAGGGAAAGGCAAGGGGGUAUGAGGUGCUCACGCUCCCAAAUAGAUUUGUGUUCCAAAGAUUUAGAAAUGAGUGAUCUAUCUUGCUUACUCCAGCUUGCAGGUCUUGGCUUUAUGGGGGUGGGUGGGUGUUCUGUCGCCUUUGUGGCUUCUGCAGCAACGUCAUGAAUGCUUUUGGAGGGCUGCUAAAUGGUAAACUGCUGCUCCAGGGCAGCUGUCUUCCCUCAGUGUGUGUAUCAGAGAGUUGGACAAAUAAGGGUUGAAUCUUGGUGCUUUAACUGUUAUCACUGGCCCUCUGCUGGACCUUUUCAGAAGCAAAGCGACACCUUUUGCUUAACCUAGUAAUUCCAACAAGGUGUCAGAAAUGGCUGCAUCACAUCCCUUGUCGGGGGAAGAAUGGGUUGGAAAGGGUGCCAGUUCUCCAGUUGAAGUGCAUCCAUUUCACCCUGUUCUAGAAACUGUUCUCAAUUUGUCUGUCUCCCUGCUUAUUUACAAGGGAAGGUACAAAGUGCAUCGUGUCUCAUGUAAGCAUUCCCUCCUCUACGACGGCUUGCAAUGCAGCUUUAUUGUUAAAAGCUGGCCUGACAGAAGAACUCCCAUCUCAGUUCUCAAAAGUCAAGGCCAGUAGCUUUCUUUGCACAUGGUAGCCUGAGGCUCCUUGUGUACUUUACAGAUUGGUGCUAAAGAAGGGCCCAAGAAGAGACACCUUGUGCUGACUCUGGAUUUAGGUUGCAAAUAAAGAGCGCUGCCUUCCGGUGUCUGCAGUGUGAGAAAGGUUAGUGAACCUUCCUCAAUGCUUUCCCAUUCUCCAUGCAACAAUAUUCUAAACCUUGACUUGCACAGGUCUUCUGAACAGCUCUGGGCACAAUAAAAAGUUUUUCUAUCCUCU